CUGCCGUGUGAUGACCUUUGCCCGAUAGAAUAUUUAUCAAUGAACGUAGUCAUUCUGGUCUAUCGUUUGUGCGAAUUUUUCAUUAAUCCCAUUCACCAAUCAUGGCUUUGAAGGGUUUGAAGGUAAUUGAGUUCGUCGGUUUAGCUCCAGGGCCGUUUUGUGGGAUGUUGCUGGCCGACUUCGGAGCCACCGUAACAAGAAUUGAUAAGACCCCAGCCAACAGUUUAGAUGUUUUACAAGCCGGCAAAAGAUCAAUAGCGUUUGAUCUCAAGAAACCGGAAGCGGUCGAAAUAGUACGUUCCAUGUGCCAUCAGUCCGAUGUAGUAAUUGAACCAUUCCGACCUGGCGUAAUGGAAAAACUUGGUUUGGGCCCAAGUGAUGUGAUGACAGAGAAUCCAAGACUUAUAUACGCACGUCUAACAGGAUUUGGUCAAUAUGGAUCGCAUGCGUUACGCGCCGGCCAUGACAUCAACUAUCUUGCAGUUUCGGGCGUGCUUUCAAUGUUCGGCAGGAAAUUUGAACGACCCACGCCUCCGACAAAUUUCGCAGCAGAUUUCGCUGGCGGUGGACUUCUUUGUGCGUUCGGGAUAUUGGUGGCGGUCUUGGAACGUCAUCAUUCAGGAAAAGGACAAAUCAUAGACCAUGCAAUGGUUGAUGGGGCUGCCUAUGCUGCGAGUUGGUUGUUUCGCUCGCGAAAGCUUCCUAUUUGGGGCAAACCGCGAGGUGAAAAUGUAUUGGACACAGGAGCACACUUCUACGAUACUUUCCAAACAAAGGAUGGAAAAUUUAUGUCUAUCGGAGCGAUAGAGCCACAAUUUUACAGAAAAUUGCUGGAAGGCUUGGAUUUACCAUUGGACAUAUCGCAGUAUGGAGAUGAUUUGAAAAACAGACACCUGUUGGAGGCAAUCUUUUUAACUAAAACUCAAGCAGAAUGGUCACAAAUAUUCGAGAAUGAAGAUGCGUGCGUUUUUCCGGUGUUGGAAAUCGAUGAGGCACAUCAAUAUCCACAUAAUCGCGAAAGAAAUGUUUUCCUGGAACGGAACCAAGCGGGAGAGGAUGAGAUUAUUCCUGCACCUGCUCCUAAACUCAGUAGAACCCCCGCAAGGUCUGGCACGUUGGUUCCGGCCAGAGAUGAAUUUCAACUUGCAGAGGAGAUUCUAGGUGAAGUGGGAUUGACAUCUGAAGAUGUCAAAAAGUUGUAUGAAAAGGAAGUUGUACUGUUCACAACACGACCGAAGUUAUAACUAGUCAUGUAAGGAAUUUUAUUUGUUAGAUGAAAUGCUAUUAGAUAUUGUGUCCCACUUGUAGAUAGCAAGUCAAUUAACUCAAAAGUGUUCAGUUUUAAAUUGAUGGUCGUAACUGACUACAAGCGUGUUUUUCUGUAAUCGGAUAUUAAUUCAAUCUAGAGCGGAUGAGAGGGUAUCGAUCAAUAAUAUUUUUGCACUAGGGAAUAUGAUACAAAUAUGCGGAUGAUUGGGGGUAUGUUAACUGUUUAAGAAUGUGAAUGAAUGUUACGAUAGAUGGCUAUGGUGGACAUAUUCAAGUCCACCAUAGCCAUCUAUCGUAACAUUCAUUCACAUUAUCAAUUCUCUGCACAUUACUCUGUUUUUCUCACAUUAGUUUGAACAUUGGUCACGAGUUUUCGUAUGCAUAAGUCAGACAAUUCAAAUUUUGUCCAUUCACUUGUAUGGAUAAUGUCAACAUAAUAUUUUGGAGUUUUUCAGUGAUAGAACAUAUCUAAAAAAAUAUAUCAUUAAGUCAUUGAGAUCCUACUGUAUGUACUGUUCUGUAUACACUUUCCAGGUUAUUAAAACAGAGAGCUUCUCAAGACA